AUCUACAAGAGCUCGUGCAGCAUCGACGUCACCUUCUUCCCCUUCGACCAGCAGAACUGCAAGAUGAAGUUCGGCUCCUGGACCUACGACAAGGCCAAGAUCGACCUGGAGAACAUGGAGCACCACGUGGACCUCAAGGACUACUGGGAGAGCGGCGAGUGGGCCAUCAUAAACGCCAUCGGCACCUACAACUCCAAGAAGUACGACUGCUGCACCGAGAUCUACCCCGACAUCACCUUCUUCUUCGUCAUCCGCCGCCUCCCGCUCUUCUACACCAUCAACCUCAUCAUUCCCUGCCUGCUGAUCUCCUGCCUGACCGUGCUCGUCUUCUACCUGCCCUCCGACUGCGGGGAGAAGAUCACGCUCUGCAUCUCCGUCCUGCUCUCCCUCACCGUCUUCCUGCUGCUCAUCACCGAGAUCAUCCCCUCCACCUCGCUGGUCAUCCCCCUCAUCGGCGAGUACCUCCUCUUCACCAUGAUCUUCGUCACCCUCUCCAUCAUCAUCACCGUGUUCGUCCUCAACGUCCACCACCGCUCGCCCAGCACCCACACCAUGCCCCGCUGGGUGCGCGGCUUCUUCCUCGACUUCAUCCCCCGCUGGCUCUUCAUGAAGCGCCCCCCGGCGCUGCCCCCCGCCGAGGGGGCCGGGGGCCAGUACGACCCCCCGGGGACCAGGCUCAGCACCUCCCGCUGCUGGCUGGAGACCGACGUGGACGACAAGUGGGAGGAGGAGGAGGAAGAGGAGGAAGAGGAGGAAGAGGAGGAGGAGGAGGAGGAGAAGGCGUACCCCAGCCGUGUGCCCCCUGCAGGCUCCCAUGCCCAGGGCACCCAGUGCCGCUACGGCUGCGGGCGCCAAGCGGGGAAGGCGUCGGGGGGUCCAGCCCUACGGGUGCCCCCCAAGGAGGAGGAGACGGGCUCGGACCAGGGGCUGCUGCUGUCCCCCAGCAUCCUGAAGGCCCUGGAGGGGGUGCAGUACAUCGCGGACCACCUGCGAGCCGAGGACGCUGACUUCUCGGUGAAGGAGGACUGGAAGUACGUGGCCAUGGUGAUCGACCGCAUCUUCCUCUGGAUGUUCAUCAUCGUCUGCCUGCUGGGCACCGUGGGGCUCUUCCUGCCGCCCUACCUGGCGGGGAUGAUCUAAGGGGCUGGGGGCGACGCAGGAUCCCCGCUCCCUCGGGGACCCUCGCCUCCCCCCAGCAGGAUGAGGCUGUGACCACGGAGGACCCUUGGGUGGGAAGUGCUGGGGGGGGAAGCAAAGGGGACGAGC